GGCGCCGUGAAGCUAGCUGCUGGUCUGUGCUAGCUAGCUAACUAGCUAGUGACAGUGGGUAUUAUUAGUGCCAACGCAAGAGGGGCAGGGUGACGGUGCCCGCCUGGUAUAGAUGCUACUGCUAACUUCAUUCGUCCAGCCAUCACGCUAAAUUGAUGUCUGGGAAGAUAAUAGCUAUUAUUCUAUCUAAGUAUUAAUUAGUCUAGCGGUCAAACGUUAGUCAGUCUAGUAGCUAACUCGCUGCUGGCUGUCCGACACCGAACAUGUCAGAACCAACGGUGGCGGAUACUCGUCGGUUGAACUCCAAGCCCCAGGAUCUAACAGAUGCUUACGGUCCCCCAAGCAAUUUUCUGGAAAUUGACGUUUAUGACCCACAAACUAUUGGAGUUGGGCGGAACCGUUUCACAACUUACGAAGUUCGUAUGCGGACAAACCUUCCCAUCUUCAAACUGAAGGACUCGUGCGUCCGGAGGAGGUACAGUGACUUCGAGUGGUUGAAGAAUGAGUUGGAACGAGACAGCAAGAUUGUAGUGCCCCCGCUGCCUGGCAAGGCCCUGAAGAGGCAGUUGCCUUUCCGGGGGGAUGAGGGCAUCUUCGAGGAGUCCUUCAUCGAGGAGCGACGGCUCGGUCUGGAGCAGUUCAUCAACAGAAUUGCAGGUCACCCUCUGGCCCAGAAUGAGCGCUGUCUUCACAUGUUCCUGCAGGACGAGAGCAUCGACCGCAACUACAUUUCUGGAAAAGUUUGAAUGAAAUGCUGAGGUCCAGAGGAAAGGUGUGUAGUGGUGGAACUGACCAGAAGCAGCCCGCGGUCCCAACAUGUCCUGACACAGAUGCUACCAGCUCCCACUCCACUUGUUUCUACUUUUGUCUUUCCUUGUCUCUAUCUUUCUGUUUCACAGUCACUCUUUAAGCCCCAGGUGUGCCCCAGGUAGUCUCAGGUGUGCCCCCAGUCCUAGGUAGUCCCAGAUGUGCCUCUAGUUCCAGGUGUGGCCCCAGUUCCAGGUAGUCCCAGGUGUGCGUCUAGCCCCAGUAUUACUAAGUGAUGUUGGGGCCUAGUUGAGCUGGCUGAUGUUGGAGCUAGCUGGUGUGGGCAUCUAGUUGAGCUAGCUGAUGUUGGGGUCUAGCUGGUGUUAAGGUAUAGCUUAGCUAGAUGGUGUUGCGGUCUAACUGAGCUAGCUGGUGUCGCGGUCUAACUGAGCUAGCUGGUGUUGCGGUCUAGCUGGUGUUGGGGUGUAGCAGAGCUAACAAAUGUUGGGGCCUGGCUGAGCUAGCUGAGGGUUAGACACUGGGCUCAGUCUGAGGCCUGAUGACUGACUCGCAAACAGACAUGUAAGGGAUACCUUCUAUCCCCAGCAUUUCUCCUAUCAUUUGGCAUUUGGUAUUUUGGUACAGGCCAUGUCUCCUCCUGCGAUUGCGUCUGGAGGCCCCCGCCUCCCUCUUGUUCCUCCAGGCACCUGCAAGUCUGGAGUGUCAUCCUGAGGCUGGACACACUACUCACGUUCAUCCUCCUCUGCAUUUUUCUUUCGAUAAUAAUUGAUGAUAAUCCAUCAAUGUUUGUUUUUUUCCCUCUUAUUUUUUUUACUCUGAUCAUUGUAAAGUAUAUUCCCUGUUUGUAUUCAGACAAAAACAAUUAUAUUGUAUAAUUCCCCUCGAUGCUGAGAUCCAGCAACAUGUAGCACCAUUGAGAACAGCUGUAAAUUACAUUCCCACUUUACUGUGCAUCGGCCGCUGCAGAAAAAUCUAUCCAAACAUGCUUUUAUAGUACUAUUAUGUAUUAUGGUUACUUUGAUUAUUAACUCUGGUGGUCUUGCUCAGGCCUGCCGGCCCUUCUGUGUUAGGGAAUGCAACGUCAGGUAAACUGGUCAUAUCUAACACUGUGAAACACUGUGUCAUCCUUUAAGGUGCAUUCCGCAUCGUGUUGGUUGGUCUGAGACAAGGCUUGUUCAUCCUUUUUGUGAUUGAUGUGUUUUAAUGUCAAAACAGCACUAACAUGUAGCCUUGCUGUUUGGCCCAUCAAUAAAGCCCCUCUUCCUGUU